UCCCUCCCUCUCUCCCUCUCUCCCUUCCUCCCUUCCUCCCUCCCUCCCCACUUUCCUCUUUCUUCCUCCCUUUUUCUCCUUCCCCCUCUCCCCCUCUCUCCGGCCCUGCUUCCCCAGGGGCUGCUUUUCAGUUCUCAUGGGGGGCACACACUGCACACACUGCACCCGCUCCCCGCGGCCGGACCCCAGAGCCUCCCGCCUUCCUUCCCAGGUAGUGGCUCAGUCCAGAGCCCCCGCAGCCUCCCCUGUGGCCCCCCUUCCCCCCACCUCUGUCAAUGCUCUCUUGUGUGCCGGCCGCCCCCAGCUGGGCCCGGGAGCCGGGGGCGGCCUCCUCUUCGGGCCCUCAUUGGCUGGCUCCGUCGGCGCUCAUUGUGUCCGCGAGCCCUCUCCACCCCAGGCCAGGAAUAAGAAGCGGGGGAGCGGCCGGCCCCGGAGACCAGUGAGAGGCCCGGGCUGCGGCGCAGGGAGGAGCGUCUGAUCUUCACCAUGUCGGACCUGGAGAAAGCCAUGAUGGCCAUCAUCAAGACGUUCCACCAGUAUUCUGUGAAGGAGGGGGACAAGCACAAGCUGAAGAAGUCGGAGCUGAAAGAGCUCAUCAAUAAUGAACUCAAGCACUUCUUGAAGGAGAUCAAGGACCAGGAGACGGUGGACAGAGUCAUGGAGACCCUGGACACGGACGGGGACGCCGAGUGCGACUUCCAGGAAUUCGUGGCUUUCGUGGCCACGAUCACCUCUGGGUGCCAUGAGUUUUUCGAGCUCGAGUGAAACCCUAAGAAGUCCCAUCGUCACGGAGGUCGAGCGAAGACCCCGUUGAUGUUUUAAGCAAAGCAGCAAAGCAGAGCUUGGGGUCUGGUAGGACCCCAGCUGGCCAGCCCCCUAGGUAGCUUACUGAGUAGGAAGUUGAUGCGCUUUGUGACUAGAAACAGGAGAGCUUCUGCCAGGGCCGAGAGUCGCCUUCAUUCUCCUCGAAGCAUUUCUUUGUAAUCCCUGCCCGCAGAGGACCCAGGCUCUGCCCGCUGUGCCAUCAGACCCCUGCCCAACUGCCAACUAGAACCCGCAGAAAGAUCUCCCCUCCUUUUGUGAGUGCCGAGAAAAGGCAAGACACUUGAGCCUCCCGGGGGCACGGGGCCUGGACGGUGCUGAGCCAGGGCAGCGCUCCUGAAGACCACCAAGGUCCCCUUGAGGUUGCCAUGGCUCCCUCUAAGCCGCCAUCUUUAUUUUAUUUUAAAAUAUAGAUUGUUGCUCUGGGGCAGCCAAUGACUCACCUCUCUUCCCCCCCCCCCCAAUUGCUUUAGCUGGGAAGGGAAAGCAGAGAAAGCAGAGAAUCUCCCCUCGCAAUGACAUGGGCGGGUGAGAGUGGAUUUUUCCAUAACAAGAAAUUAGUAAUCAACUGAAAAAUACAAAGUCUAAGGAAGCA